UUUACCGUGGAGUCUGAGCUGGGUGUAACCUAACUAGCUAGAGGAUAUGCAAUUCCUGAUUGACAGCAGGACCAGCAUUAUGCAGAUUUUGUAAGAGAGAACAGCAGCUCAGAAACAGUGAUUAGGGGCUCUUAGGAAUCACUACAUUCACCACUCAUAUCUUUAGUUUUUCAUUUUUCUGUCUACUGGAUUUGUAAACAAAUAGUACAAAACAGUUCCUCUUUUGUUUUUAUUAAAGUGAUACUGCAGUGCAGUUUCAGUCUAUCAGCUAGGCAAACGUGUCGGAAUUCGAUAUUCUCCCUAAAUUAGCUAAUUUUUAGCUGUGUUCCAUGCUUAUCUCUAGACCUUUGUGUAUUAAAUCCUACCUCGAGCUGUUCUCUUUACACACAAGUGUGUUUUGCUUGUGCCUUCCUGUCUUCUUCAGUGAGAAGCUUUAUGUAGGUCAGGCUUGGCUUAAGCAGAUUUCCUGAACCUGCGUCAGCUUAAGCUGGAGGAAUUUUAAUAAACCCUCCCCUGUAGGCGUGGGCCUAAAUGAGGCUAGCCUAGUUAAGCCUGAUCUUCUUCUGUUUGUGAAAAGAGCUGAGCAGAGCUGAAGGCUGCAUGGUGGUUUCAGAAACUGCCUACUUAAUUUGAAAAGAACAAUGGUAGGAAAAGCUAGAUCUUCCAAUUUUACCUUAUCUGAAAAGCUUGAUUUGUUAAAGCUUGUGAAGCCAUAUGUUAAAAUUCUGGAAGAACACACUAACAAACAUUCAGUAAUAGUGGAAAAGAAUAGAUGUUGGGAUAUCAUAGCAGUUAACUAUAAUGCAAGUGGAGUAGACCGCCCUCCUCGAACAGCGCAGGGCCUACGCACUCUUUACAAAAGGCUCAAAGAAUAUGCCAAACAGGAGCUAUUGCAGCAAAAAGAGACCCAAUCAGAUUUUAAAAGCAAUAUUUCUGAGCCAACCAAGAAAGUUAUGGAGAUGAUUCCCCAGAUUUCCAGUUUUUGCCUGAUAAGAGACAGGAACCACAUACAAAGUGCAAACUUGGAUGAGGAAGCACAGGCUGGUACAAGUUCACUACAGGUAAUGUUGGACCACCAUCCAGUUGCUAUUACAGUGGAGGUGAAGCAAGAAGAAGACAUUAAGCCUCCUCCUCCACUGGUUUUAAAUUCUCAACAGAGUGAUACUUUAGAGCAAAGAGAAGAACAUGAAUUAGUACAUGUUAUGGAAAGAUCUUUGUCACCGUCACUUUCCUCUGUUGAUAUGAGAAUGACAUCGUCUCCAUCUUCUAUCCCAAGGAGAGAUGAUUUUUUUCGGCAUGAAAGUGGAGAAAAUUUUAGGUCACAGUUAGGGUGUGAUCCUCAGAUUCUGCAAAUGCUGAAAGAGGAGCAUCAGAUAAUUUUAGAAAAUCAAAAAAAUUUUGGAUUAUAUGUUCAGGAGAAGAGGGAUGGAUUGAAAAGAAGGCAGCAGCUAGAGGAAGAGCUGCUAAGAGCAAAAAUUGAAGUGGAGAAGCUGAAAGCAGUUCGCUUACGGCAUGAUGUAUCUGAAUAUAAUAGUCUCUAAGAUUUUUUUUGCAGUCUUGCAAUUUGAUAAUUUUAAUUUUGGCCAAAUUACUUUCAUUUGGGAAUAUCUUGAAGCAGAGUACAUAUUCUUUUUUUUUUGUUGGCCACGCCUCAUGGCAUGUAUGAUCUUAGUUCCCUGACCAGGGAUUGAACCCACACCCCCUGCAGUGGAAGCACAGAGUCUUAACCACUGGACCACCGGGGAAGUCCCAGAGUGCAUAUUCUUAAAAAAUAUUGUUAAUCUCUAUUAUGAAAAAGGCUCUUUUGACAUGAUUUUCUAAUUAUUUAAUUUUCCUUUGAUAUAUAUUAAAACACUGAUUGGUAUGGUUAUAAAUUUUUUUGUCUUCCUCCGAUUUUUUUCCUAAGAUGUUUUAAUUGUUAGCCUUACAAAAGAUGUUUUAUUUUGAUUAUUAACAUAUACAUAAAUAACAUAUAUAAAUACAUAAGUAUUCUGUCAAAGUUCUGAAUCUUCAACAUUUUUAAUUAGCACUUUGAAACUGUAUGUAGUUCAAAGUUUUUAAGUCAAUCUAAUUUAGAAGCAAUACUAGCCUAAUAGAAGCUUGUCUGUAUGACAUUGAUUUUUAUGCUUUCAUUCUUUGACGGAGUAAGUCCUAGGAUUUUAGGGAUGGAAGGUAUUUGGAGAACACUUUUUCCCAUCUCAAUUUUGAGGUAAUGAAACCGAGGUCCAGGGAGAACUCAAUGAUUUACUUGAUGUAACAAAGCUCUUUAUGGCAGAGCAAUGACCAGCACUCAGUUUUUGUUUCUCUGUAAUUAUUUUCCCCCUGCUAUUCCACAGAAGUAAAAAUACACAAAAAUAUCCUACAUGUUAAAAAAUUAGAAACAUUUAUUUCAUUAAAAUUGCUUUUAAAAAUUGGUGGGUUAUGAAAUCAGGGGAAUUGUGUCAAUUACCCCCUUCCUCCUCCUCCUUUUUUUGUCCAGCAAAAUAAGAUAUUCUAUUGGAACUGUUAUGUAUUUUGACUACAAGAUUUAAUAUGUCAAUUCAUUUGCAAUGUCUUAGUCUGAAAAAGAUUUCUUUCACAGUAAAAUCACAGUAAAAACUUUAAU